AUGGAUCAAUUCAAGCACAAGACUUUGGUCACCAAGCCAUAUGAGCUCACCUAUAGCUACUAUACAUCCCCAGGAUUUGAGGCGAAAGUUGACUCAGGAGUGCCAACGUUGAUGAUCAGUCAUGGCUUUCCGGACGAUGCACACAUGUGGGCUGGCACUCUACCAACACUCCUGAAGUUGCCAUACCCAAUCAUACUCAUCGACAUCCUGGGCCUGGGCGAUUCCUCCAAGUCCACCACAGUCGAGCACUACAGCUACAAACAACAAGCCAACUCCCUCGCACAGAUCCUCGACGAGGAGAAUGUCGGCAAAGUCAUCGCAAUCGGCCACGACUGGGGCAGCGCCAUCACACAACGCUUCUACCUGUACCACCGAGCCCGCUGCAUCGGCGUCUCACUACUCUGCCUCGCGUACCAGAUCCCUAGCACCGAGCCCUUCAACCUAGACCAAGCAAACAUCGCCACGACAAAGCGCUUCGGGUACCCACAGUGGGAAUACUGGAACUACUUCACCGCGCCCGACGCACCGGCACAGAUAGAGGCUAAUCUCGAGCGCUUCUGGGAGGCUAACAACGGCUACUAUCCCUCGCCCGACCCGACAGACAACGGGCAGGACAUCUGGAUGCGCGAGAUGUUCGACGUGAAGGAUGGCAUGCGCGACUAUAUCCAGGGCACGGGUAAGUGGGCAGGCUUCACGGUCGAGCUGAACGCGUACGCGCGCGACGCACAGCUGAAGAAGCGGUAUCUCGACAGGCUGAAGGAGGGCAGACUGGCAGCACCUGUGAACUACUACCACUCGCUCAAGAAUAACACGAUGCUCGAGGACGAGAGGGUGCUGGCGCAGAAUCCGAAGAUCGAGGUGCCGUUGCUGUAUAUUGGCAUGACGGGCGACUGGGUAUGUCGCACGGAUUUGAUGGUCGAUGCAAAGGAGAAGGGUCUGGUGCCAGAUUUAGAAGAGCAGACGGUCGUGGGGAAUCAUUGGAGUAUGUAUGAUGCUGGAAACGCUGCGAUUGUCGCGGGCUACUGGGCAGAUUGGUUGUCGCGAAAAUUUCCAGUCUAG